UGAUCAAUUAAUUCAAACUAGACAAGAAAUUCAAACUAGACAAGAUAGACAAGAAGAAAUUCAAACUAGUCAAGAUAAUGGAACUUUUACCAACGUGACAACAUCAAAUCAAUUAAUUAGUGAUGGAGCAAAUUCUGUUUGUGGUGAUCUUUGCAUUUUAGGAAUUAUGAUUGGAAUAGUGGGUAGUACAUCAAAACGUAUGACACCCAGUUCUCCAACUACUGUAGAUGAUUUUCUUAAACCAUCAUCAAGUCCUCCAUUAUUUGAAUCCAGAUUAAAUGAUGAAGCUGAAGAAUUUGCUUUAAAGUUUCCUCCACAAGAAGAAAUUCCUCCAAAUGAACAUGUUGUAUAUAUUCAAAGUCUUGGUGGUGCAAAAGCUUGGGAAUGGGUACCUGAUGAAGAUUUAUUAUCUCAACAACUCGUUUCAAUAACCAAUGAAGGAAGUGUCAUCUCUUUUAAAAAAAGAAUCGAUUCCAUGGUGCAAACAAAUUAUCCUUUCUUUAUCCCUCAAACCGAAGGAGAUACUAUUUAUGAACCUCCAUUUGAACAACCCGAAACUAUGGAAAAAAGAGGUGGUCAAAUAUUGCAUUAUUUUGAAAUCACUAUUUUAUCAAAUCCAGAUAUAAAAAAUACUACUAUAGCGAUCGAUUAUAGUCACCCGUGGGGUGAAGUAGGUGAUACUGUAGGUUGUGGAUAUAAUCCAGAUGUUGGUCAAGUAUUUUUCACAAAAAAUGGUCAAUUCUUAGGGAAUGCAUUUACAAAUAUACGUCAUAUAUGGUUUCCAACUAUAGGUGCUAAUGGUCCAUGUACUAUAGAAACUAAUUUUGGUGAUAAUUAUGAUAAAGAAUUUAGAUAUGAAAGUGCUCGUGGUUAUGGACCUGGUGAAUGGUGUAGAAUAACGAUUCCUCUUUUAUGGAAUAAUCCCAUAAAAUUAUUACAUGGACCUGAUGAUUAUUAUCCAUAUCAUAGAUACAGAAAUAAUCAUGUAAAACUUGUUGAUACAUAUUUAUCAUAUCUUAAUAACGAAGAGAGAGCCAAGCUUAUUAAAAAUGGAUUCAAACUACCGUUAAGAACUAAACCUCCAAUAUUCGAUUAUAUUUCUUUCUUGAGAUAUAUUUCAAAUGGUGAUAUUCAAAUGAUUAGUUUAUUCUGGUGUUUAUACUUUGAUGCUAGCAAGAUACCAGUUAUAAAUCCUUUAAAUUCUUUUGGUACUAAACGAAAAGUAAAACCUGCUUCUAGUUUAUGGAGUUUAGUUCGAGAUAUCUUUGAUAUAUUCAACAAGAAAUCAAGAUCAUUAACUACCGAAAUCGCUCAAGUUGCUCAUGCUUCCGUAGUUCCUCCUAUGGGUGAUGAUUUUUAUACAACUGAUGUAUUACUGAAAUCCGAAAUAAUACAUCAUACUCUUACAAAGUUGAUAAUAGAUCAAUGCCCUUCUAUUAAACAUUUACAAUCAACCUCAACUCUUAUUGGAUCUAGUUCAAACAGUAAUUAUACGGAAAUAAUGUUAAAAUAUCCACGACUUCAUGAAUGUUUUACUCAUUUAAAGAGUUUUGAAAGUCGAAGUAAUUUCUAUAGAGGAACUUCAUUUGAUAUACUUUCCAAAAUAUGUCACGAACUACGUAAGAUUGAAGUCUCUUCAUGUAAUCCAACACAUUUAUCAACUGUUAAUGAAAGUAAUGAAAAUCCAGCUAUAAUAGAAUCUCAAAAAUUAUCAAAUCUUAUCAAAGUUCAAAGAUGCUUACGUGAAUUUAUACUUUGGAAUUGUAAAGUAGGAGUUUUAGAUAUUAUUUAUUCUUUAGUAUCAACUCAACAAUAUUCAAUGCGAUCUCUUUCUUUUCAUCAUUGCGAUUUUCAAAAUAUCGUUUGGUUGCACGUUCUUUCCGAUUUACCAAACUUGGAGACCUUAAUAUUUAAUCAAUGUAUCAAUGUUUCUGACAAAACGUCAUCAAAACUUGUGCUCUCUAAUCUUAAACAUUUAAAAUAUAUUUAUGGAUAUACAUCACCAAAUGCUUUAAUGACUUUAUUAGACUCUACCAAAAAUACUUUAGUGGAAUUAGAUACUGGAAAACCUCAUUUUAAAUUAAAUCUUAUAACAUUUGAUCCCAGAAAAUUCCACUUUUUAGAAUCGGAUCUUUUUAAUCACAUAGAAUUAUUAAAUAAUAUAAAAUUAUGUGAAAAUUUAACCUCCUUAUCAACUUAUGUUUAUUCAAAUACUCAAGAAAAUUUAUUCACCACACUUUUAAAUUUAGAUCAAUUAAAACAUUUGGUGAUAACUGAAAUUACUUAUUCAUUAGAUACUAAGCAAAAAAAUUUAAUCUUUUCCGAAUUUUUAAUUAAAUUGGCAAAUCAUUUACCUUCAACUUUAAAAUGGUUACAUAUAGGAACAAAAUUUGGAAUAAGAAAGAAUAUUUUACAAGAUUUUAAGUUAAAUACUUUAUGUAAAUUUAAAAAAAUUGCCGUUUUUGGUGGCUUGGAUUGGGAUAUGGAAAAUCAAAAGGUGGAAUUUGAAGGGGUUUAUGAUGAAUUGAAUAUUGAUGAGAUUAAGAAUAGUUUAAUUCCAAAUUAUGUUGAACAACAAUCUGAUCUGGUCUCUUGCUGUUUAGUAUCUCGUUUAUGGAAUACUUGUGCUACUCCCUGUCUUUGGAAGGCUCCACGUCUUAAACGCGCUUCCACUCUUGAAAAAUUUGUUAGAACUUUGGUGAGAUCUCAACAGAAUUGUACCAUUUAUGCUUAUGGUUGUUUGGUACAUACUCUCGACCUCUCUCGUCUUUCGUUUUCUUGUUCUGCCGCUGAACUAAGUCUUAUAUCCGAAUGUUGUGGUGUCCUGAAGAAUAUUGAUUUUUCAAAUUGUCAAAAACUCAGGAAUGAUACUUUGACUAGAAUCUCUGAGCGGUGUUCAAAUUUACGUUCUCUCAAGUUAUUAAAUCUUCCUUAUAUUACUGAUGAAUCUUUUAUAAAUAUUAUAAAUCGUUGUAACCGCUUAGAACAUUUUGCUUUUGGCGAUUGUGUCGGCAUUACGAAUCUUUCGUUACUUCAUCUAGCUCGUAUGAAAAAUCUCAAUACUCUUGAAAUAUUUUUUGGAAACAAUGUUACAAAUGAAACUCUCGUUCUUAUAACACAGGGUUGUUCGAAAUUGAAAAACUUACAUAUUUGGGACUGUGGAACUCUUGAAGAUGUUGCUAUCAUCCAGAUGGCUAAUAAUAUGAAUUUAAAUCUAGAAUCUCUUAUCCUUCACAAUCCUCAACAUAUUACCGAUUUAUCACUUACUCAUGUCGCUAGCAGAUGUAUCAAUUUGCGUCAUCUGGGCUUAGAACCAUGUGAGGGUGUGACCAAUAACACUUUGAUCGCGUUAGCAAAUUAUUCUUGUCAUUUGGAAUCCAUUCAGAUCUCGUUAAAUCGAGCUGGUAGUGGUUUAUCUAAUGAUGGAUUUAUAUAUAUGUCCGAACGUUUGAGAACACUUUGUAAAAUUACUUUUCAACAUUCAACUCCACUUGUCACUGAUGUUACGUUAAGCAUGUUGGCAAUCAGAUAUGCUACAACACUUACAUGUCUUCACCUUUAUAAUUGCAAUUUUACUGAUUCAUCUCUUAUAAUGAUCGCUCAAAAUAGACCUCCAAUCAAUGAUUUAUGUAUUUUUGACCUAAUGAAAAUUAAUGAUGAUUCGGUUAUUUGCCUAUUACUUAAUAUUUCUACUACACUUACUUCACUACAAAUUUCAAAUUGUGAAGGUCUUACGGAGAAGACUGUGACCAGUGGCAUUAAAUACUGUACUAAACUUAGAAAAUUAUGUUUAUUUACUUCAAGUGAUUUUACUGUUACUGGGUUAGAUGCUAUUGUUAAGAGUUGCAUAGAUUUAAGGGAAUUUUAUUUAGCAAGUACCGAAGAUAUUCCUAAAGAGGUUUUUUGA